UUCCUCUUCCCUUUUCGUCGCCACACCUCUCUCUCUCUCUCUCUCCCGUCGCCACUUCCUCUCCCCGCGAGGAUCGAGCCGAUGUCGUGGAAUACGGUGAGAUUUGUCGACCCUUAACCUUAGGAUUAGGGUUUCGGAUUUGGCAUCUCAGAAUCUCUUGUGCGAUCGUGGAAUCGGAGUCCGGAGAUCCAUUUUCUGGUUGCUUCUGUUGCAAGGGCUAGUUGGGAAUCCGAUCGAUUUCUUUCUGUUUCGUGGAUCUCGCUUGAUUUUUUGUUUGAUUGUUGGAGUCGAAGGGCCUGCUGAGGUCAGAGCUUGGAUUGAAUCGGGGAUGGUGGUUGGAUUUGGAGUUUAGGGGAUUUGGAAGUGGUUGCUCUGGUUGGAAUUGUAGAGUUUGGUUGCUUUCUUUUUGGUUUAAGAAGUGUUUUAGGAAGUGAGAUUUGAGUUGGAAGAUACCUUUUCUAGCCGGCUUUGUGGUGAUUUGAUGCUAUAUUGGGCGUUUCGCGGCCUCCUGGCGUGGGAUGUGUGAUCACUGAGGGGUCCUCUGCGCGUGCUGUGGAGGAUCCCGUUGCAGGAAGUAACUUAUAUUCAAGAUGGGCUCUCUUUGCUCCUUUUUUUUCUGAUAUCGAACAGUAAAAAUCCGGUAGAAGGUGGUGGGAUGGUGGUCUUUUUGACUUGAGGCCGGAGAUUGCAUUUGUGGGUUAUUGGUGAGGCGCAAAAGGAGGUUAGUCUGCGUACUGCUUUAGAUUGGUUCAUUUUAGGGGCGUGGACAAAAUGUUUGCUCCAGGCACAGAAGUUUCACAAGAGGCAGCUGGUGUUGCUGGUGCCAUGCUGGUACCAACGCGGUUUGUUUGGCCUUAUGGUGGGAGAAGGGUCUUCCUAACCGGCUCGUUUACGAGGUGGUCUGAAUAUUUACCUAUGUCUCCUGUGGAGGGUUGCCCAAGAGUGUUCCAGGUUAUUUGCAGCCUUGCACCAGGAUUACAUCAGUACAAAUUUUAUGUUGAUGGUGAGUGGAAGCAUGAUGAAAGUCAACCUUCUGUCACGGGAAACUAUGGAAUAGUUAACACUAUCUAUCUAACUCGGGAACCUAAUCCCCUACCUCCAUUAUUAAGUCCUCGGACGCCUAAUAGCAGAAUGAGCAUGGAUGUAGACAACGAAGCCUUUCAGCAUGUGGUGGCAGUUUCAGAUGGCACAGUGCAAGAUGCUGCUAUUAGGAUUUCGGAGGCUGAUAUAAAGAUAUCACGCCAUCGUAUUUCUGGAUUCUUGUCUGCACAUACAGCUUAUGAUUUGCUUCCUGAGUCAGGCAAGGUCGUUGCUCUUGAUGUUAAUUUGCCUGUGAAGCAGGCCUUUCAUAUCCUAUAUGAACAGGGGAUAUCUGUGGCUCCGUUAUGGGAUUCUUUGAGCGGACGAUUUGUUGGUGUACUCAGUGCAUUGGAUUUUAUUUUAAUUCUGAGAGAGCUUGGAAAUCAUGGCUCAAACCUAACAGAGGAAGAACUUGAGACACACACAAUAUCUGCUUGGAAAGAAGGAAAACAUCAAAUUUACAGGCAGUUGGAUGAGCAUGGGAGACCAGUUCAAGGAUGCAUAAUACACGCUGGUCCGUAUGAUUCUUUGAAAGAUGUAGCUCUGAAGAUUCUGCAAAAUAAAGUGUCAACAGUUCCAAUUAUCCAUUCAACAGAUCAAGAUGGAUCAUUUCCACAGUUGUUGCAUCUUGCUUCUCUUUCAGGAAUCCUACAAUGUAUCUGCAGGCACUUUAGACAUUCUUCCAGUUCUUUACCAAUUUUACAACAACCAAUUUGCAAAAUUCCAUUGGGUACAUGGGUUCCUCGAAUUGGAGAUCAAAGUGGACGUCCAUUAGCCAUGUUAAGACCAAAUGCAUCGCUCAGCUUGGCUCUUUCUUUGUUGGUUCAAGCUGAAGUUAGUUCAAUACCCAUAGUUGAUGACAAUGAUUCUUUGGUGGAUACAUACUCCAGAAGUGACAUCACAGCUUUGGCUAAAGACAGAAUUUAUGCGCAGAUACACCUUGAUGAGAUCAGUAUUCAUCAGGCACUGCAACUAGGGCAAGAUGCAAACUCACCGAAUGGGUUUUUUAACGGUCAGAGAUGCCAGAUGUGCCUCCGCACUGAUCCUUUACAAAAAGUGAUGGAGAAAUUAGCAAAUCCUGGGGUGCGACGAGUUAUCAUUGUUGAGGCUGGCAGCAAGCGUGUGGAAGGAAUAAUUUCACUUAGUGAUGUAAUUAGGUUCCUGCUUGGUUAGCCACCAAAUCAUUGACAUCUUAUGAGCCAAUUGAGGCUACUGUUGAAACAUCACUUUUUGGUGAAGAGUGCCUGUCAUCCCAUCUUUUUCUUUCUUCUGUGAUUUAUUUAGUUGGAUAGGCCACGACGGUGCCAUGUAGAAGGCUGCAAGGGGGUCUGUAAAUGUUUAGGACAUUCAGUUUUAUUUUUCUCCGCCUUACCCUCAUCUCUCUUGAUCAUCAUCAUUGGUGUCAGAUAUUUGCUGUUAUGUGGGCUUGUAAGGGGCUAUACUAUUUCUGCCCAGAGAAUUCAUCAGAUGAUUCCAACAGGCAGGCAUGAUGUGAAAAGAAUGUUGGGGUUCAGAUCCUUUAAUGGUAUCAGAGAAAUGAUACCUAAUGCCACAAGCAACUUGAUGAAUCAUUGCCAUCAAUGAAGCAGCACUCAAAGAGGAUGUUCUAUUACUGGGAUCCACGGCAAUGGAAGUGGAGGAUCAAAGUUGGAUUUCCACAACUGUUGAGGUUAUUUUAUCUUUUAAGAACUGUUUUUGUUUCCUUAUAAAUGUUGUCAUUGAUCAGUAAUGUUUGAUGGUAUUGCAUGAUUGCAAGAAUCAGUGCUGACGUAUCUCGGCUGCUUGUGUAGAGUAAUUGUUCUGUUGUUGUGUUGCGUUUAUUUAUUUCUGACGCUGGAUUUCAUCAAUGUGGUUAGAGACAAUGAAUGAAAUAUUCUCUUUAAUCA